AAUGUUUCAAGGGCAGAUAAAAGGGUUAUAAAUACACGCACUUGGGUUGCUUAUGAGCUUUAUAAAGACUAUAUAAGCAUAUUCUGAAGCACACAAGUCCAAAUUUGUUCCCUUUUGUUGAACACUGCUUUGUAGAACUUAAAAGCUUGUAAAGAGUGAUCCUAGAAAUGAUGUUUGAUGGGGGAGAUAAUUAUACUCAGGAGAUGAUGUCGGUGACUGGAAUUUCAACAACCAAAACGAAGAACAAUAACAAGAGGAGGUUCAGCGAUGAACAAAUCAAAUCGUUGGAAUUGGUGUUCGAGUCCGAAACCAGGCUUGAGCCUGGGAAGAAGUUGGAGGUGGCUAAAGAGUUGGGGUUGCACCCAAGGCAGGUUGCAAUCUGGUUCCAGAACAAGAGGGCUCGGUGGAAAUCGAAGCAGCUUGAACAAGAUUACAGCAUCCUACAAGCCAAUUAUAACAUUCUAGCUUCCAAGCUCGAAAGUUUAAAGAAAGAAAAGCAGGGCUUGGUGAUUCAGUUGCAGAAGCUGAACCAUUUGCUUAAGAAGCCAGAAGAGGAAGGCCAGUGUUGCGAACAAGUGACAUCAAUGAACAGCAUUGACGGAGAGUCAGAUCAGGGGGAGGGUGUCAAGUCUGAUUCUGAAGGGCAGCUCAGUUUAUCAAUGGAAAGAUCGGAACACGCACUUGGAGGGUUCUCAGAUGAUGAUAGUGGCACAAAGAUAGACUGUUUUGGACUGGAAGAAAAGCUUAACUUUAUAAGCAUGGCGGAACCAGCUGAUGGUUCUUUGACAUCUUCAGAAGAGUGGCAGAGCUUUGACUCUGAUGCUCUCUUUGAUCGGUACAGUAGUGGUUAUGAGUGGUGGGACUUUCGGUCUUGAACAAAUGAAAUAACAAAAAAAAGUACGGAGGAAAAUGUAUGAAAAUAAUCUUCCUUGUAUAAACAACCAAGAGGAAAUAUAAGAGAGAAUUGAACGAGGCAUAUAUAUAUUUACCGUCGACUAGUUCUUGUAAAUCCUCAAAAAUGGGAAAUUCAUUGAGUUGGUUCAAUUCUGAAAAAUAUGAUCAAACCAAUAAAAAUUAAUUUAUGCUUA